UAUUCCGGAGAGAAAUGCGUUGUAUAUACUACAUGGAUAUAAUGUUAUUGCAUAAAAUUUGAAAGUGAUUGAUGAAAAAGUAUCAUGAAAGGGUGAUUUUACCUCCCGAAACCCGCGACUUUUUCUAGGACGACCCUCGUGCAUGUGUUUAUUUGUAACAUAAAACACGUACCCCCUUGUACCGUUAGUUUAAGUCACGGUUUUCACUUUAUGCUUAGUUUUGAGCAAGAAUGGUGAUGAAAAAUGUUUCAGUGCAUUUUACCAAAUGAUUGCCUUUGACGGGGGUAAAUGGAAAUGUGGCGUUACCUAGGGCCUUAUAAUUUGCCUAUAUAGGCAUGAAGAAGUUAGCUUGUAUUAAAGUGUAUCGUAGAGGAGCGGAUCUACAAGUCCAUGCGUCUAUCGACAAAUGCAGUAUCUAAAUUUAGCCCAACCGACGGUGGUUUUAAAUAUACGUGUACUGAUUGGCUAAUAAAAAUAGAGGUCUGCUCUAUUCAUGAUAUAAACAAACACAGAUCCUGUAAGCAACCAAAUAUUACGCAAAGGACCGGUUAUAAAGCUCUCACAAUACAAUCAAGAAAAUGGCCACUAUUUCUGUGGAUGUGUACGUAAAACUCCCCACGGGAAGAACGACCACCCUAAAUCUCCUCCCCAACAGCAGCGUCAGUGCAAUCAACAAGCACGUGGGGAAGGAGGAGGGCGUCCCUGACGACAGAGUGAUACUAAAGUAUCAAGGGAAAGUCUUAGACAGGAGGAAAACAGUCGGACAGUACGGAAUAAGACCCGAAACUAUUCUGAAAUCUGAGGUGGUCGUUCCGCGGACGAUCCAGAUAUACGUCAAACUGCCGGAUGGGCGCAAUGUUCCAGUUAGCGUGCAGACGACAAAUUCAGUCGCUUCGAUAUCGUCUGUUCUGGCGGAAACUGAAGAUGUAGAAACAUCCUCUUAUAAGUACCAGCUGAGUGGAGGCCGCGCCUUGACGGAGGACCAACCCUUGUUCGCCCAGGGUGUGGCCGAGGAGAGCACGAUAGAGGCCAAGGUGAAGGCCAAAAUGACGAAUCUAGAUAAAUCUGAAAGGACAGAAGAAGCGUCAGAGGAAGUAAAAGACGCAGUGCUAUCGAGUUUCGCCACCGGAGGAAGAAACGUGGAAGUGGUAUUUUCAUUCGAUACCACCGGCAGUAUGGCCAGCUACAUAGGCAGGGUUCGGGAAAACCUUGAGGGAACAUGUCGCAGGCUGCUACAGGACAUACCCAAUAUUCGUAUCGGUCUGAUUGCUCACGGAGACUAUUGUGAUCAAACAGGAAGUUACGUCAUCAGACAAAUAGAUUUGACGUCAGAUGUCAAUCAGCUUGUCGAUUUCGCUAACAAUACACCAGGCACCGGGGGAGGGGACACGCCCGAGUGUUAUGAGUGGGUGUUACACAAAGCGAAAUUCUUGGACUGGUCCGAAGAUUCUGCGAAAGCGUUGGUUGUCAUUGGAGACGCCCCUCCUCACCCUCCCUCCUAUACUGACCAACAGAUAAACUGGUGGAACGAGACGGAACUACUGAAAGGAAUGGGGGUCAAGAUAUAUGGUGUAUUGUGUAAUAGAUCUGAGGGAACUUCUAAAUAUUUUUAUGAAGAGAUCGCAAACCAGACCGGAGGCUGCUUUCUCCAUCUAAACCAUUUCAAUCUCAUCACAGAAAUGUUCUUAGCAGUGUGUUAUAGCGAGUCCAGCGAGGGUCAGCUGGAGGCGUUCACGGAGGAAUUAGAAAAAGAGGGAAAACUCACCGAGGACACAAAAGUCCUGAUGAAGGAAAUCGGCGAGAAAAAACCGACCGAGGACAGUGCCACGCCCAAAAUAGAUGUCGAAAAAAAGCACGACUUUGAUUGGUGGGAUGUGGAAAAGAGUAGCAACAACAGACCGCUAUAUAAGUAUGACGCGGAGACAGACGAGUGGUCGGAUAAUCAUUCCGACAGUGGGAAUUCAACCUCAUAUAAGUACACACCACCGACAACAACGGACAAAAGAAAACAGAAGAAAAAAACUGGGUGUGAAAUCAUGUAAUCCGGAUUUAGAUAUAUAUUGAGACUCUAAUGGCAAUUUUAAUACGCCCAUGCUGGCAACCGCCGCCUUUUCAAAGAAAUCUGAUUUCUUGUUUCAAGAUGAUUCCCAAUCGAAUAAGGAGGAUGACGUCACUACAGGCGAUAUUUCUGGAAAGACCACGUGAUACACUAGACCUAUAACUCAUUCGCUUUACGUAUACAGUCUUCGUUGUACUGAUAAAGUCCUACUAACUAAACUACAUACAAGAUGGACUGCAAAAGUUACUAUAAAUAGUUCUCAUUACUGUAUAUACGUACAAGAUGGACUGUUACUGUAAAUAGUUCUACUGUAUAAACACGAUGACAAGGAUGUGAGCUGUACUGGAAAGUAAUAACUGAAAUACGAGAUGAAUAGAAAGAAUUUAAUUUCGCUUCAAGACGGAUAGAAAAAUUAACUUUAUUUCAAUAUUUAAAUACAUUCGUAUGUAUGUUAACUUUGAAAGCUGUUCAGUUGAAUAUUUGUGUUUUGUGCAAAUUGUAAGAUACAAUUCAUUCUUCUCUAUGUUAUAGUGAGAUUAAAAUGAAACACGUGUUGUUCUGUAAGAUACAAUUCAUUCUUCUCUAUGUUAUAGUGAGAUUAAAAUGAAACACGUGUUGUUCUGUAAGAUACAAUUCAUUCUUCUCUAUGUUAUAGUGAGAUUAAAAUGAAACACGUGUUGUUCUGUAAGAUACAAUUCAUUCUUCUCUAUGUUAUAGUGAGAUUAAAAUGAAACACGUGUUGUUCUGUAAGAUACAAUUCAUUCUUCUCUAUGUUAUAGUGAGAUUAAAAUGAAACACGUGUUGUUCUGUAAGAUACAAUUCAUUCUUCUCUAUGUUAUAGUGAGAUUAAAAUGAAACACGUGUUGUUCUGUAAGAUACAAUUCAUUCUUCUCUAUGUUAUAGUGAGAUUAAAAUGAAACACGUGUUGUUCUGACCCGUC